GAUUUUAAUGUACUUUAUCAGUAGAUUUUAUAUGAUUCUUUCUAAUUGUUAAUAAUCCAUGAUUUAUUUACACAUAAAUAUGAGAACUUUUUCAAACACAGGCGUGCGUUGUGAGCCUAAGAAUUUUCUCAAAUAUUCCAUGAACUUUCUCAAAUACUUGGCAUGGCGUGCAUUGUGAGACUAAUAAUCCAUGAUCUUAGCUAUACUUUUGUCCGUGAGCAUUAAGUUCGAUGAUGAAGUUCAAGCCUUGCUUCUGCUAUCGUCUUUGCCUGAUAGUUAGUCCGAAAGGGUUACAGGUGUUACCGGUUCAGUGGGACCUGAUGGAUUCACCUUUGAUCAAAUUCGAGAUCUCGUUCUUGGCGAGGGUGUCAGAAGAAAGAGUUUUGGGGAGUCAUCUGGUGAAUUGCUUCUUGAAUCAAUGCCCGAAUGAUAAACAAGUGAACAUUGUUGAAGGCUCCGUGAGUGACGAAGAGGUCCUUCUGACUUGUUGUGCGGAGAGCAGUGUGAAUUCCUGGGUCAUGGAUUCUGGUGCUUCAUUUCAUGUUACCCACAGCAGUGAAGCAUUGCAGAAUUUGGUUAUUGGAGACUUUAGAAAAUUACGACUAGCAGACCCAGAGCUCUUGAGAAAAGUUUUGAUUUCUGUGAGGCAGUUGGACGAACAGGGACACGAGGUGAAGUUCAGAGAUGGGCUGUGGAAGGUCGUGAAGGGAAAAUCUUGUCAUGGCCCGCGGAAGGAAGAGAGGUUUGCUGUAUAUGGAUCUGACAGUGCGUGUCUGUGGGAGCCGGUAGGGACCGAGGAUGAGUCAAGGGCAGAUUUUGCAGUGAUUGAUGUGUUGGAGCUUGAGAGAGCUUCAACGGGCCUUUUAGUUGUCUGAUGAGAAAGCUGUUGCUGCAGGAGAGCUAGGGAAGAUUACUAGAUGUACAAAUGAUCGUGGUGGAUGGCAGUUGUUAUCAAGCCUCCAAAUGGGAGAAUGUUGGGUUUGUGGAGGCUAGAUAUUCUUUGGACUUGACUUGUUGGCCUAGUCCAUGUUAUGAAACCCUAGAUGCGCUCUUCCUAUAUAUUGCAUACUUGUACUUGUAAUCGAAACCACAAGUGAAAUAAAAAUUUCUCAUGUUG